AUGGUCGCUGCGGCACGUCCUAAAUCCAAGAAUUCAGACGACCAAACUCCUUUUAUGGUGGUAGGACCGAUGCUCAACGCUUUGCUUGCGGGCAUGGCAGGGGGUGCCGUGGUUUCCAAGUUGCAAGGGUUUGCGCCGGAAAACGGGGUGUCUAGAGCUUCAAAGCGCGAUGAGCAUGAAGAUGCUGCACACUAUCCGAAGGCCGUCAAGUCAUCGCCGUCCACGAAGCGUGAACAUUCGCUUAGUGAGAACCAUGGGAAAGUAGUUAGAAAAGCCAAUGCGAGCCACUCUUCCCCAUAUCCUAAUUCUAGGCGUCCGAGAAGUUUUCAACCUGGAGAGGGAAUCGCCCCAGAAGUCAUAACUGCAGACAUACAACGUUAUCUUGGAAACGAUGCCUCGGUAGAACAAGUUGCUUAUCAGGAUAGCCGAGCCCAUCAUUCUAGACAGUACCACGGGCCAUCUUAUCUAGCUCUAGCUCCAGCUCUAGCUGCUUAUGGUAGUAGGGCUAGCAGUGAUAGGGGUGACGGUGAUGGUGGUGAUGAUGGCGGAGGUGCGAAUGGAGGAAGCGGAAUGGGUGAUGGCCAUGGUCCAGGUUCCAAAAGUGAUUGGAACAACGAGCAUGGAGGCAGUGGAGACCUCGAUCCGAUCACAAGUCGUCUAGUGGCUCAAAUGGCGAUAGCUCGUCUGGAAGGGAUGCAACACGCCCAUUUCGGCCAUGGAAGCUGCCCACGGCCGCAAGUCAGUGGAGAUGGAUUCUUUUUCAGUGGAUUUCAGGUAGUUCAGAUCCCUUAG